AUGAACGAGACGCAGAAGACAGUAGACAACACGACGGAGAAGGAAAUGCCGACGCCGGUGAUAAUCUCCGGAGGAGACGAGUACACUCCUGACGAUAUCAUGCAGCUCGUCGAGUCUACUUCACCAACGACGACGAACACCGAGGGAACUAACUUUUCCGGCGACGCGAGUAACAGAGUGAGGUUUAUCGACGAUCCGUACGCGGUUCCGGUGGCUGUUCAGUCGUCUUCCGGUUACAUCACGAUCAACGUCAACGAGGAGAGCUGUGGUCCGUCGUUUUCGGACAGCGAAGCUUCGGUUAUGGCAAGCGUCGACGCUAGUGGACUGUUCGGUUGCUGCUGCCUCGGUUUUGACGGAGAGAAAGGCGGCGCGUGGGGUGGGAACAGUGUAGGAGCGAGUGAGUGUGAGUGGGACGAUGAUUUGCUGGCGAGGUUUCUAGGGGAAGACAGUGUUUGACCAAUGUGUGUCGUCUUGCGGAGAAAGCUUUUCGAGUGUUGGGGGUAUUUUGGUCUAUUCGGUGGAUGGUAAUUAAAGUGAAAAUGAUCUUCGCGUUGUUAAUAGGAGCAGAAAAAAGUAAAUGGUAGUAAGGAGUAGAGUAGCUGCGUAAUUUAAUGUGAACAUUAUGCGAAAUUAUGUCACAUGGCGGUAUUAAAGAGUAAAUGUUUUUAGCUUCAGGGAGCUAUUAUGUAAAUUGCGAAAGUAUUAAAUCAGUCCCC